AUGGCACGUAUGAAAAAACGAGGUAAUUCACCGCCAAUUCAAACAAUUACUAAAUAUAAUCGUCAUGCAGAAGAAUCAGACGAUGAAGAAGAAGAAGAAGAAGAAUAUACUUAUGACGAUCCAACAAAAGAAAUACUUAAUAAAAGUUCAUCAGAUAAACUUUCAUGGCGAACCAAAAUAGCCUAUGGUGCUGUUGGUUUACCUUAUUCAAUGCAAUUAUCAAUUAUUGCUUUUUAUAUAAAUGAAUUUCUUUUGGAUAUUGCUAAAGUAUCACCAAUAUAUAAUGCAAUUAUUUUAUUUACUAGUCGUCCUAUUGAUGGUUUAACUGAUCCUAUUGGUGGUUAUCUUUUUAGUCGAUGUUCAUUUAGAUGGGGAAAAAUGAGACCUUGGAUACUUUUUUCAGCACCUUGUGUUGCACUCUGCUAUUUCGGUAUAUGGUGUCUUCCAAAUAUUUCUAGCGGUGGUAAAUUAGCCUAUUAUCUCAUACUUCAUUCUUUACUAUGGACAUUUAUGACUGCAUCACGCAUUCCACAUACGGCUCUUACUAUUUAUUUAACAUUAGAUCAAAAUGAACGAGAUCAAUUAACAAAAUUUCGUACUUUAUUUGAAGCUGCUGGUCUAUUACUUUCGAUUGCUCUUCAGUCAGGUGUUACAGCUAUGUUUAAAGCAUCAAAAAUUAGACCAAACUGUGACAAUUCAACGUUUGUUAAUGGAUCAAAUAAUAAUGUAAUAGAAUAUUCCACGACUACAACGAUGGAACCGGAUUUAACGGUACCAAGUAAUGUGGCAGGUGCUUAUAUGACUUCAGCUGGUAUUGUAGCAUUAGUUCAUAUUUUAACAGCAUUAUUUUUAUUUAUUUCUGUUCGUGAAGUUGUUGAUGUUAUUCAAACAAGUGAAACAAGUUAUUUGAAAGGUUUUAAAAUGAUAAUACGUUUUAAACCAUUUAUGAUCUUAACAGUAGCAACAGUUGCAUCUAUUCUUGCAACUCAGUCAAUUCAAAGUGUUCUUGAACUUUAUUUAACUCAUGUAAAAAAAUCACAUGGAAUGUUUCCAUUUCUGGCUGGAACAUUAAUUAUAUCAACAAUGAUUCUUUUAUUUGUAUGGUCAAUAAUAAUGCGUCGAAUUGGAAAGAAAAAAAGUUUUUUUAUUGGAAAUUUAUGUUUAAUACCAACUGUAAUCAUUAUAUUAAUUACUAAAUCUCCUAUAGCUCUUUUAUUUGUUGCAGCAAUUGUGGGUGCCAAUACAGUUGCUUGUGGUUAUAUCAUGCCAUGGGGCAUGUUACCAGAUUGUAUUGAUGCAUUUACGCUAGAAACAGGUCGAAGACCUGUAGAAAUUUUUUAUACAUUCUUUUUUCUUGGUGCUAAACUUGUACAAGCAUUAUAUGCGGGUAUUGUUCAAUUAUCAUUAGGUGCAAGUGGUUAUGAUGCUAAACAAUGUCAACAACCAUCAUCAGUCGCAUUAACAUUAAGUAUAUUGAUGGGUGCUGUUCCAGGUUGUGUACUGAUUGUAUCAACAGUAUGUUUAUAUUUUUAUUCAAUUGAUGAUAAACGAGCUAAAGAAAUUCAAUACGAAUUGAAAAACAUGAGAAACACAUCAUCACCUGAGAAAAAUUUGGCCAAUAAGUCAAAAGAAAAAAAUAAAAGAAUCGAUACAGAAGUAGAUGACAGUUAUUUAUAA